AUGGGUUGGCGAACCCGUCCGUCAGCCGUUUUUAUAUCAUUUAUUUCUUUUAUUCUAAUCACAUCUAUAAAUGGACUACUAAGAACACAAGAGUUUCAAAGAUAUGAUGGAUGGUUUAAUAAUCUGGCAAACCCUGACUGGGGAACAGCUGGCGCCCGUUUACAUCGGGAUGCUCCCUCUCAUUAUCAAGACGGAGUUUACAUGAUGAACAUGUCUUUACCUUCAGCUCGUGCCAUUUCAAAUUUAGUAUUUAAAGGUCCAUCUGGAAUACCAAACAAGAGGAAUAUGACGACGAUGCUGGCUUUUUUCAGUCAAGUUGUCGCUUACGAAAUCAUGGCUUCAACGCAAAUCAGUUGUCCUCUUGAAAUUCUGAAGAUUCCAGUUCCUAAGUGCGAUCCAGUGUUUGACAGUGAAUGUGAGGCGAAGACGGAAAUUCCUUUCACCCGUGCCAAGUAUGACAAACAAACUGGUCAUGGCUUCAACUCUCCGCGUGAACAAGUUAACGACAGAACUUCAUGGAUAGAUGCUUCCUUUGUCUACAGUACUCAAGAACCCUGGGUCGCUAUCCAACGAUCUUUCAAAAAUGGUCGUCUGCAUGAAGGAAACAUGAAGGGUUAUCCACCUUUCAACAAUCCUCAUGUUCCUUUGAACAAUCCACCACCUCCACAGAUUCACCGACUCAUGAAUCCUGAUCGUUUGUUCAUCUUGGGUGAUUCCCGAGUGAAUGAAAACCCUGGCCUUCUGGCUUUUGGACUGGUGCUCUAUAGGUGGCACAACAUUCAAGCUGACCGAAUUCAAACUUCUCAUCCUGAUUGGACUGACGAAGAAGUUUUCCAAGCUGCACGAAGAUGGGUCAUUGCAGCCUUCCAGAAAAUUGUUAUGUACGAUUUCUUACCUGCAUUAUUAGGAAAAAGAAAAGAUAUCCCCAACUAUACAAAGUAUAUGCCUCAUGUACCGCCAGGUAUUUCACAUGCCUUUGCGGCAGCUGCCUUCCGUUUCCCUCAUUCCAUUGUUCCACCCGCUAUGCUAUUGAGAAAGAGAGGAGAGAAAUGCGAGUUUCGCUCAGAAGUUGGUGGAUAUCCAGCUCUUAGAUUGUGUCAGAACUGGUGGAAUGCUCAAGACAUUGUGCGUGAGUACACUGUAGAUGAGAUUAUCCUGGGCAUGGCUAGUCAGAUCUGUGAAGCUGAUGAUAACAUAGUAGUAGAAGAUUUAAGAGACUUCAUCUUUGGACCAAUGCAUUUCACUCGUUUGGAUGUUGUUAGCUCAUCUAUAAUGAGAGGUCGUGAUAAUGGUCUUCCUCCUUACAACACCCUGCGACGUACAUUUGGCUUAGAGCCCAAGAAGUGGGAUACAAUUAACCCUGAGUUUUAUGCGAAGAAGACUGAGUUGAUGAACUCUCUCGCACGCUUGUAUAAUAAUGAUAUCAACAGUCUCGACGCUUAUGUAGGAGGAAUGUUGGAGGGUAGUGAUGAUGGACCUGGAGAGUUGUUUACAGCCAUAAUCCAAGAUCAGUUCUUACGUUUACGUGACUCGGACAGAUUCUGGUUUGAAAACCGUUUGAAUGGUCUUUUUACGGAUGAAGAAAUAUCUCAAAUCCGUAACAUCACCCUGCGUGACAUCAUCAAGGAUACCACUGAGAUAUCGGAGAACAUGUUACAGAAAGAUGUUUUCUUCUGGAAAAAUGGGGAUCCAUGUCCACAGCCGUAUCAAGUCAAUAACACAGGAUUGGAACCUUGUAUUCCAUUCAUGAGAUUUGAUCACUUCACUGGUAACGAAGUAACAUACAUUUUCACAUUAAUAGGAUUAGCCUGUAUUCCACUUAUUUGUCUGGGAAUUGGCUAUCUUCUUGUUCAACGUAGAGCCCAUAUGGGUUGGCACAGCUCCUGUGACCAACUAUCCAUUACAGCUAUCGAUGAUGAACCUCCCAAAGACAAGUAUUCUGUUAAAGCUUUCGAAUGGUUACAAGAAGAGUUCGUACGUCAAGUUGUCAUAGAGAUCGACAGUGCAUGCUUGGUAGUGAGAAAACCAAGAGGAGGAGUACUUCGUAAAAUUAAAUUUGCCAAAAACUCUACCGUUCGUAUUACUCACAGUGAGCCGAAUUCUUCGCAGAUGUUUGGCCCUUACUGUCUUCUGACAGUUCCCAAAACUCAUGAUUUGGUUGUUCGUUUGCCUUCCGAAAGACAUUUAGCUGGAUUCAUACUGGCUAUAAAGGAAUCAGUUGAGAAACAAUCAGGCGAACUCGAAGUUAAGCAGGAAAGCAACCAAAGCUUACUUGCCCAUGCUGAAACUAAAGAACGUCGUCAACUACGCCUGGAUAACUUUUUCCGAGAAGCCUACGCUCGUGCUUUCAACAGACCUGAGCUUCGCGAUUCUUCUCUUCCGUCGCAUGAUUCAACCUCUGAUGAAAUCCUGAAUGAAACUAUCACCAAGUUUGAACUCGCUCAUGCUAUGGGAAUGAAGGAAAACGAUCUCUUCAUUCGUCGAAUGUUUGCGGUUACUUCCAAGAGUGAUGGGGAAGAAAUGUCAUUCGCUGAAUUUUUGGAAGUUUUGAAGAAAUUCGCAGAUGGAUCUCUCAGAGAGAAGUAUGAACUUCUGUUUGCUCUUUGUGAUCUCGAUAACUCUGGACGUGUGAACCGUCGAGAAUUCGCUGAUUUCAUAAAAUCUCUUAAUUCGGUAGCUGGUGUCAACAUUGAUGAAGAACGUCAGAAUCUGCUCAUUGAGAAUCUUCUUUAUCGAUCUGGAAUCCAUCCUGCCUCAGAUUAUAUUACCUUCGAAGAUUUCGAGGCUAUAUUCUCUCAGGUUCAAGAUCAUAGACCGUUCGGAGUUGAUUUACGUGGAGCCAAGUUGAAAGUGAACUUAGAGGAAACUGCGUCUUUGAACUCUUUCGCUGUACCUGCUACUGAUUCAACAGCUAUACCUCUUAGUAUCUUCGCUCGCUUUGCUGCCUUCGUUGAAACCUACAGACAGCACAUCGCAAUAUUAUUUGUCUUCAUUGCUGUUAAUAUAAUGAUCUUCAUGGAGCGGUUCUGGCAUUAUCGUUAUGAGACUGAGCAUCGUGACUUACGUAGAGUUAUGGGUGUAGGAAUCGCUAUCACACGUGGUGCUGCAGGAGCUCUAUCGUUCUGCAUGGCACUCAUCCUUCUCACGGUUUGCCGAAAUGUGAUUACUGUUGUUCGUGAAUGGCCAAUCGGAGAGUUCAUUCCAUUCGAUUCAGCCAUAGCUUUCCACAAGAUUGUUGCUGUUUUUGCCGCAUUUUGGGCUAUCUUGCACACAGUUGGUCAUUGUGUGAACUUCUAUCACGUAGCCACCCAGAGUCAAGAAGGUUUACAGUGUCUUUUCCAAGAGGCAGUUUUCGGAUCUAAUUUCCUGCCAUCUAUAAGUUAUUGGUUCUAUGGGACGAUAACGGGACUGACUGGGAUUUGUUUGGUGGCUGUAAUGUCCAUCAUUUAUGUUUUCGCUCUCCCUUGUUUCGUUCGAAGAGCUUAUCAUGCAUUCAGGUUAACUCACUUAUUGAACAUUGCCUUCUAUGCUCUGACCAUACUCCAUGGCCUGCCGAAACUACUAGAUUCUCCCAAGUUCUUGUUCUAUGUUAUCGGGCCUAUCAUCGUGUUCAUAAUUGACCGAAUCAUUGGAAUGCGUCAGGAAUACAAGAAGCUUGAAGUGUUGAAUGCAGCUUUAUUGCCAUCAGAUAUCAUUUAUUUACAAUUCAAACGACCUUCGUCUUUCAAAUUCAAAUCGGGACAGUGGAUUCGUAUUUCCUCUCCUGCAUUCAGUUGCAAUUUCAAUGAACAUCAUGCGUUCUCUAUUGCCUCUGCUCCUCAAGUGCCAACUUUGGAAUUGUACAUAAAGGCUGUCGGUCCUUGGACAUGGAAAUUGCGCAGUGAAAUUAUAAGAUGCCAAGCAACUGGAGCGCCUUACCCUCUUGUACAUUUGAAUGGACCAUAUGGAGAUGGUAACCAGGAAUGGAUGAACUACGAGGUAGCCAUCCUUGUCGGUGGUGGUAUCGGAGUAACACCUUAUGCGUCUACUUUGACUGAUUUGGUUCUUGAAACCAGAUCUGGACGUCAUCACAACGUGAAGUGUAAGAAAGUGUAUUUCUUGUGGAUCUGUCCAACACACAAGAACUAUGAAUGGUUCGUGGAUGUCUUGAAGAGUGUAGAGGAUGAUGAUGCCAAUAGCGAUCAUCCUCUAUUGGAAACCCACAUUUUCGUAACUCAGUUCUUCCACAAAUUUGAUUUACGUACAACAAUGCUGUAUAUUUGUGAGAAGCAUUUCCGAGGUGACCAUCAUGGUGUAUCCAUGUUCACUGGCUUACGCGCACACAAUCAUUUCGGACGGCCAAACUUCAAUGUCUUCCUGAAAUACAUCCAGAAUAGACAUAAUGAGAUAAGUGAUAUCGGAGUGUUCAGUUGCGGACCUUCAGCUAUUAAUAAGCAGAUCAGUGCAGCUUGUGCACGGGCAAACCGUGCACGAGAUGCGCCAUCGUUUGUACAUCGUUUCGAAACGUUUUAA